AUGGCCGACCUCAACCGGGCAUUGUCUGACCUCGCCGAACAGCUAGCCGCCUCGGGCUGUCUCGCUUCCGCGUGCUUCGUGCUCAACAUCGUCAACAUCCGGGAACUCAGCUCGAUCGGCAAGAAGUUGACGACGCUGGCAAAAGAGGGCGAGAAGGAGGAGAAGGACACCAAGAGCAGUGAAGGAAAGGAGGGCGAGGACGGAAAGAAGGACGAGAGCAGUGGAGGAAAGGAGAGCAAGAACAAGAAGGAGAUCGAGACCGCCGAAGAAGAGAACAGCAAGGACAAGAAAGAGGUCGACACCACCGACACCAUUGGCAACGGUCCAACCCAGGCCUCAUCUCCGAAGGCUCACGGACCCUGCUGUAGCCAGUUCUGCGAUUGCAUUGACUUCGCGCUCGGAGAGCUCAAGUCCCAAGUCGUCCAGAAGUUGAGCAACAAGAGCUGGGAGGAUUCCGAGCGCGGGACGUCUGUGGUUGAGAUGGAACUCGUCGAGAAGAUUGUGACGACUGCGGUCAAGUGGGCGGCCAAGGAGUUGGGGCCUGGUGGUGAGGCUUGA